AUGAUUGUCACUAAUGGAGAAAGCAAUCACCUCAGAUUCGAUGACGCCAAGAAGAGCAACAAUGCAGCCAGGUACCGUCCAAGCAGUCAAAGGAGAAUAAACAAAACUUCCAAUUUCAGCAUCUCAAAAGAGCUUCCUAGAAGAGUCAAGUUUAAGCUUGCCAAAAACUUUCUUUGCAUGGCAAGGUAUCAAAGCCUUCUUUUUUUGCUUCGCAAGCCUUAA